AUGGGGGAAGAUGUGAUAAAAAAGAACAAGGAGAAAGUCGAGCGAUUGUAUAAGCAGCGAGAAGAGCUCGAAGCGGAGAUGGCGUCGAUUUCUCAGAGACUAAACGGACCAAACAUGCCAGGUUUAAAAGGUUCUUUAGUGGACAACGAAGGCUUUCCAAUUGGUGGAGGAGACGUGGAUUUGUACUCCGUACGAGCGGACAGACAGAGAUAUAACUCGUUGAAGAACGACCACUUGCAGUUGACGAAUGCGAUCGAGAAAGAAGUGCAACAGUUACUCUCUUCUUCUGCUUCUCCUUCCGCUGUAGGAGGAGGAGGAGGAGGAACAGAUACAAUAGUUAAAACGCAAACAGAGAAUAACGAGAAGGUGAAGAUACCAACGGAGUCAACAACACCUAAAACUACAUCAACAAAUCGAAAAGCGUUCGCGGUGGUGGAUAUAUUAGCGCCAGGGUCGCCCGCAGAUCUAGACGGAUUAAUGGUACACGAUCGAAUUUUAGAUUUUGGUGGAGCAUUUUCGAUCGCCGAUGCGGCUUUGCUCAUUCAAGACAACUUAGGAAAAAGUCACCGCGUUCUUGUCAACCGUGCGGGAGUGGAUGAAAUUUUGAACAUCGCGCCGCGGACUUGGAACGGGAACGGAUUGUUAGGAGCUCAUUUUCGGGCGUUAAACUUUUAG